GACAUGUUACGAUGGAAAUCAAAGGGAUAUCUCUGUCGAGGUGUAUAUCGAGGACCGGAAAGCAACAAAUGUGUGCAAAACUAGGCAUGACGAUGAUGCCAAUCGUGAGCAAAGUGUAUUGUUCAGCUUCUGAGGUGGUUCUCGCGGUGAGGAGGCGGCCGAACGUGGCAAAUGGCGGUGGCUUCGUGGUGGCAGAUUACGGCCAAAGGGUUGUGUUCAGUGUUGAUGGCUGUGGAGUUCUUGGCAGGAAAGAAGAGCUGAUUCUCAGGGAUGGGGAGGGAAAUGCUUUGCUUCUCAUCAGGCGAAAGGGAGCGAUAAUUGAAGCACUAAGCAUCACAAGGCAAUGGAAAGGCUUCACAUAUGACUUCUUAGGAUCUCACAAGCUUGUCUUUACCUUAAAAGAGCCCAACUACUCAUGCUUCUUGAAGAACAUUCCAAUCAGGAUCUCCAUUGAAUCGAAGGACUGCUGCACUUACGGAGACUUUGAGGUCCGUGGCGACUUCCCUGGACGUUCUUGCAGCAUUGUCAACUCCAAGGGAGACAUAGUAGCGCAGAUUGGUGUCAAGAAAGAGAUUGAGCGAGUGAUGGCGAGCAGGGAUCUGUACCAUGUAGAAAUAAAGGCUGGCAUGGAUCAAGCAUUUGUUUUCGGGGUGAUUGCUGUUCUUGACUAUUUAUAUGAUGGAACAACCCGAUGCUGACAGAAGGAAACACAUAUCAUAUAUGUAAAUAAUUGAUUAUUUGUUAUUGCAAUAAAUAUAUUUAGGAUUUGUUUUGUACAUUCUAGAUAAGUAGGAAAUCUUACAUUUGUUCCUUUCUGAUCUCCUUUUGGAGUAUGAAUUAAUUGAUUGGUGUGAAGAUUUGUUUCUUAAUAUGUUCGGACAAGUUUGUAUACUAUUGUAAUUACAUAUGUAAUAUUAUUGUUUGUUCAAUGUUUGGAUAUACAUAAACUGGUAGUUGAUUUUAC